CCGAGCCGAGGCGAGGGCGGAGGAGCCGAGGAGAGAGGAGAGGGAUGGCAGAGAACAGCUCCGAGACAAGCGGCUCCGUCCACCGGAGAUGUUUGGCCCAUUCUCCGGCGGAGAGAAGUGUUUCAGCGGGGGUCGGGGCCUCAAAGUGGAUUCGGCUAAAUGUCGGAGGGACGUAUUUUUUAACAACGCGACAGACGCUGUGUCGGGAUCCAAAAUCGUUUCUGUACAGACUGAGCCAAGCUGACCCCGAGCUCGACUCCGACAAGGAUGAAACUGGUGCCUAUCUCAUAGACAGAGACCCCACGUACUUCGGGCCAGUGCUUAACUACUUGAGACAUGGCAAACUGGUGCUCAACAGGGACUUGGCAGAGGAAGGCGUGUUAGAAGAAGCUGAAUUCUACAACAUCACAUCACUAAUAAAACUCAUCAAGGACAAGAUCAGGGAACGCGACUGCAAAACAUCACAGGUUCCAGUGAAGCACGUGUACCGGGUGCUGCAGUGCCAGGAGGAGGAGCUGACUCAGAUGGUGUCCACCAUGUCCGACGGCUGGAAGUUUGAGCAGCUUGUCAGUAUAGGUUACGGGCGAGCCCACCAGUCAGAGUUUCUGCUGAUUGUGUCAAGGGAGGUGAAGGGAGAGGAGUCUGCUUUGCCAAACAACAGCGGAGAGCUGGUCAGCAUUGGCUCCUCUUACAACUACGGAAACGAAGACCAAGCCGAGUUCCUGUGUGUAGUCUCCAAGGAGCUGCACAAUCAAUCAUACGGGACUAACAGUGAGCCCAGUGAGAAGGCUAAGAUUCUUCAGGAAAGGGGUUCCCGCAUGUGAAAAGGACUCAGUAUUAUGAGCUCCAGGUGUUAUGAUGCAAACAUAUCAUCUUUGUGGAAGAAACGUUUGGCACAACGGAGAUUUAAAGAGGGGUGGGGGAGGGGGGUAGUCAUUUUGUGUUUUUUUUGUUUGUUUGUUUGUUUGUUUGUUUUUUCCCUCCACUUUGUUUUUAUUUCUUGAUGUAAAUACAUCUGUUUACUGACAAUUUGUGCCUGUACAUUUAAACUGGACCUUUUAUGAAUUAGCGGCAAGUUUUUUUGUUUUUGUUUUUUUUUUCUACCUGAGAAGUAAGGAAUUGUAAUGUACAAAUGUUUUAUGCUAUAAAAUAUGGCCGGCAUCACACAAGGCCAAUGAUUCACUCAGGGUCAUCUAUUGAGUUAAUUCUUAUAUCCUCCAACUCAAGGUCUGGUAAGGGAUCCGUACGGUCUUUCUAACUCCGAGUAUCAAACAUGAGAUCAUUGUUUAGACAUCUUAAGAAGGGAAUUAUGCAUUAAUUUAGCACAUAUUAAAGAGUCGGGCUAUAAAAUAUACAAUUCACCUUAAAACAAAACUGAUGAAACAAAUUAAAGCCGUUUAAUGAGAUUUGUGAUCAUGAGGAUCCCAACUACACAACACGCAUAAUGUCGGAUGUUUCGGACAAAUUAUUUUACAUGGAAUAAACUAUUUUCUUUUUCUGUGUUCCCUUUCAAAACAGAACAACCUCGAGGUAUGAGGAAAAACUAUGAACAAAAACAAUGUGAUUUGACUGUGUAGGUAGAGGGGGGCAUUAGGUAAUUAAAUGGGGCUUUUAUGACAGAAAUGUUAAAGUUCCAUUAUAACGAACACUAUGCCAACUUUUGAGAUUUAGGAAUAUCUGCCUUUAAUGGCAACGCUGCAGAGCAAAACACUUUCGUUACUAGAAGUAAAAGUACUGUAACCUUAGUAAUCAAAUUUCCCAUGGAUACAGUCACUGUGUGCUGGGAGAUGAAGCAGUUAUGUUUUUGAGAAGUCCACGUGUACAGAGAUUACUGCAUCAUCUGCAAAUGUGGAUUUGUAGUAAGGAACAGCUCUCUGAAAUGCAGGUACAUAUAAAUUUAAUUCUGUCAAACAUUUUUUCUGGACCUCUCAUUUAGUUUGAGUCCUCCUUGUGUUCAUAAAUUCAGAAAAACAAACAAAAAAAAAACACCUCUUUCAAAUGUGGUUUUGUUAUAGUGACAACAUUUUAAAAUGUCCUCCAACUAUUUUAUCUUACCUGUGUGAACGUAACCUUCUCAAAAUGGUGAUUAUUUUUUUUUUCUUCUCCCUGCUGCCAUCUGAGUUAUCCUUGACUCUCAUUUCUUACUUUUGAGGGAACCUCUUGUUUAGGAUCUUUUUUUGACGGGAGGUUUUUGGGGUGUUUGGGGAACUGUUUUAAGACGGUGGUGAAGGAGUUUCCGUUCAUAUCAAGAGGAUUUUGUUUCCGUGUAAAUAAUCCAAAUUCAAUAUUAAUAUUUAACUCUUAAGAAAACUGCACGUUUUGUACACUGUAUAGAAACCGCAGCUUCGAAUGGAAGUUGUUUAUACUGGAUCUUUGAAAAUGAGAAAGUCUUGACAAUGUUCUGUUUUGCAUUGUUUGUACAGAGAUUUCCGAGCUAGGGUUUGAAAUGGCUGAUGCUCAAUAACGGUGUCUUUCACUGAGAACAUGCCUGGAACAUGUUUUGAUAACCAAUAACAAAGCUAUACUUGGCUGGCUAUGAAGUUCGACUGUUACAUUUAAAAACAAAUGUAUUUUUUUCUUGCAGUGUGAUAGAUUCUUCUUAGCAUUUUGAAUUGUGGAGAUUUCGUACACAGCGUUACAAGCACUACAGUGGAAAGCACUGUGCACAUUGCUUACAGCCUGUAAUGUUCAUGUAAAUACUGCGUUUUAGGACACUUUUUUUAAAAUAGAAAGUUGUUUUCAGGUUUGACGUGUGGUUUUUGAUAGGUUGGAUAUUUCAUUCACAAAUAAUCAUUUAGUGUUGCCUUUUUCCCAGUGACCAAAAUCCAAUGUCUUAUGUGUAUUGUACACAUUGAUCUUAGUGUCAGGGAUGAGUAAACUUUUCUUAAUGCUGGCACACUUUGUAUAUAUAGACUUGUUAAUGACACACGAACCUCCAUUUACUCACAUGUACACAUAUACACUUGACUAAAACUGUUUUUAUAUUGUUGGGGAAACAAAUAUGGAUGCAUGUUUUUGACAGAUAUAUAAAUAUAUAUAUAUAUAUACACAUAUAUAUUAACACAAAUACACACAAGGGCUUUUAAAGUGCAAAAUUUGAGAUCUGCUAAGAGGUUCAAUCAAAGUAGACUGGAUUUCCUGCCAGAGCUAGGCUAUGUUUACAUUUGCUAUAGUAUUCUGAAGCCUUCCAAUUACUUACUAUCUUGCACUCCCUCGCACAUGUUCACCUACGUCUGACUUGUGUGACUGCACCAACGGCAACUAGCACUCCCACCUAGCCGAUAAUCACUCCCAACAUGCUGACUGAUGUUAAGGUAUCCUAUCCUUUUCUAACCGCCGACCCUUGAGCGUUGCAGACAAUCUUGCUUUCCGAACCCUCUCUCUGAUGGCAGAAAUACUCACUUCCAACAGGAUAAAAGCGUACCUGCAUUUGCUCAGAGCUAAGGUUUAUUUGAGUAUUCUGUGAUUUAAAGUGUUUUUGUGUUUGAUAUGCUUGGUUCAGCUGUAACCUCAUUUGAUAUGCUCCGUGUGAGGCGUUUAACCCGUCUACUUCAGCAGCUACAUUACAUUCAAUGCCCUUCACAAACAGGAUGCCUGGUAUCUGGCAUUGAUCAUCUUUCAUGUGAUGGACAAACUUAUCUAAUCUGUAGCCUAAUACUUUUAAGUGCCCAGUUUGUUAUGCAUUCAUGUCAUAAGCCACAGACCACUGUAAUGCAUGAUGAUGAUGAUGAUGAUCACACCUUGUAAUCAGAGGGAAUGAAUGUGUCAUUUUUUCCUCAAUCUAACAAUUACAUGAUGAAUAUGGUUCUCAUAUCACUACAUAGAUCACUUCUAUAUGAUCUUAUGCAAUGUUAAAAUGUACAAAGUAUGGGGGUUAAGGGGUAGAUCUAUAUGGUCUUGCAUAAGGUAAACCCAAUAAAAAUGUUGUCAUUCA